GUGGGUGGAGCUGCAGUCUUGGGUGUAGGAGUGUGGACCCUGGUGGAGAAAAGUGACUACCUUAGUCUGUUGGCCUCCAGCACUUUUGCUGUUUCAGCGUAUAUCUUGAUCCUGGCUGGCGGCCUAGUGGUUGUUACUGGCUUCUUGGGCUGCUGCGCUGUUAUCCGGGAACAGAGAAGCUGCCUUUCCACGUAUUUCUUCUUCCUGCUGUUAAUAUUCUUGAUUGAGUUGGUGGCUGGCGUGCUGGCUUAUGUUUACUACCAGAGGCUGAGUGAUGAACUGAAGGAGCACCUCAACCAAACAAUGACUGAGAAUUAUGCUCAGCCAGGGAAGGAGACGAUCACAUCCGCAGUGGACAGACUGCAACAAGACUUCAAGUGCUGUGGCAGCAACAACUCUCAGGAUUGGACGCUGAGUGUGUACAUUAGGUCAGAGCGGUCGGGGGGCAGGGUGGUGCCCGACAGCUGCUGUAAAACCAUUACGGCCGACUGUGGCAGGAGGGACCAUCCGUCCAACAUCUAUAAAGUGGAGGGUGGUUGCAUCACUAAGCUGGAGCAGUUCCUUGCAGACCAUCUCUUGGUUAUUGGAGCGGUGGGAAUUGGUGUGGCUUGUCUUCAGAUCUGUGGGAUGGUGUUCACCUGCUGCUUGCACAGGAGGAUUAAGAUGGAUCCUUACUAAGGCGUGCAAGACCCCAACAAAACCACCGGUAACAUGCAGAUGUGGCAAAGCCUGCCGACACCCGACUUCCACAUCUGGAUCUGGGAUUAACAAUCGGAGAAUAUAAGUGAAGUUUACAAGCAGCACCGUCAGAAACUGAUUAAGCCAUUGAGUCUUAUGUUCUACGAAAAGAGGAUAUAUUUAUUUGGCUUACAUGCAUGAUUUAAAUGGAGAUGAACGAUUACCUUCUGUAACUUAUGCAAAAAUAAAGACUUGCCUUUACCCCCCCACCCCCCUUACUUCUUAAUACAGUAUCCUCAGUCUUUGAGAGCAAACAAGCAUUUAUAAAAGACACUGGCUGCACUUGUCAUUGUUUAUGAAGACAUGGAACAUAAUGUGCCUUUUUUUUUUUUACAGGAUUGUGUUGAUGAAUAAUUAUGUGCCGAGUGCCUUGAAGCUUUAAAGGAAAUCUGACAACACAACAUGGUAAAGCGUAUAUUUAUGAGUGGUUAGCUAAAUGUUUCCAACAAGACUACAAUGCUGAGUUUUACACGAUUAAUCAAAGUUAACUCGUCAGAGUUGCAACACUCCCAAAGUCAGCCCGCAAGUUAUUUCUUGCAAAAAUGUUGACACAUUUUUGAAGGUAGAACUCCACCUAGUGGACGCAGCUCUCAAUUUAAAAACAAGCCACGGUUUUGUAAAAAGACAUUACGGAUGGUAAUCUGGUUUCAUUUCAUAAAAUGUUGAUUUUGAAAUUAUUGUGAUAUCUACAUUUUUACAUUAAAGCAAAAAAAAAAAAAGGGUUUCAUUUAAUUUAAUCUUUUUUUUUUGUCAUCGUUAUACUUUCUGGGGUAGAUAUGAGUAUUUUAAAUUAGAAACGUGUUCCUCAUUGUUACUGUCUGUAGUUGUAAUCAUUAUCAUUUAAUCUCAUUAAAAGAGUUUGUCAUUGCCA